GUCAAAAUGGGCUUCAAGCUUCAGGUCGUGGGUUCACGUCAUAACCCACGACCUGAGGCAUAAAUCAAUAAUUGGGUUCUCAAAGUUACUCACAAGUUCAUCUUUUGGAGGUUCAUAUGGAGGCAUGUUUUCAAGUUCUGCUUCAGCAGCAGCAAGAUAAAGUUAGCUUUAAUUAUUCUAUGUUUCCGAGAUUCUUCUUGCUUCCUCAGGUCUUCCAUUUCUUUAUAUUUUUUCCUAAGGGGUAUUAGAAAGAAAUAUAAAGAAGUGGAACACGUGAGGUUGCAAGAAGAAUCUCGGUAACAAAGAAUCAUUAAAGCUAACUUUUUCUUGCUGCUUGUAAAGCAGAACUUGAAAACGUGCCUCCAUAUGAACCUCCGAAAGAUGAACUGGUGAGUAACUUUGAGAACCCAAUUAUUGCACCUGAUCGGAGUAAGCUGCCAAAACGGCAUGGUGCAACUUCUGCGGCUCAGAAAAACCAUUUGUCUGGCUUGCACAAACCUUAUUUGAAGCUAUCUUUUGACACGGUUCAACAAUUAAUUGAUGUGAAGAGUGACCUAUUGCAUGUCGUUCAAAGAAACCAGGAAAAAUUUGAUGCUGCAGAAGCAUAUGAGUCCAUUAUAGCAGGGAAAAGAUGAGAUGGGUUUGGGAAAAACAGUUGAAUUGCUUGCUUGCAUCUUUGCUCAUCGGAAGUCAGCAUCUGAAUGUGGCAUAUUUGCUAAUACUGAAGUGCAGUUUCCUGGGCAUCAGAAAAUUAAUCUUAAGAGAUUGAAAAGGGAGCGUGUUGAGUGUAUAUGUGGAGCUGUUAGUGAGAGUCGAAAGUAUAAAGGAUUAUGGGUGCAGUGCGACAUAUGUGAUUCUUGGCAACACGCAGAUUGUGUUGGAUAUUCACCUAAAAGAAAACGUCUAAAAUCAAGUGAAAUUUCCAACGGACAACGAUAUGAAAAGGGUCAAUGGGUGAGUUCGAAAAGCACACAAGGAAACAAAAUAAUGCCGACAUAGUUGUGAGAGAUGGGGAACAUAUUUGCCCAUUGUGCUUGGAACUGAUACAAGCAACUGAAUCUCCUGUUGCUACUGGUGCCACGCUUAUAGUCUGCCCAGCUCCAAUAUUGCCCCAAUGGCAUGCUGAAAUUAUACGUCAUACACAUCCAGGUUCCUUAAAAACUUGUAUCUAUGAAGGCGUGAAAAUCACUCCUCUUUCAAAUACAUCUGUAGCAGAUAUCAGUGAGCUUGUUGGUGCAGACAUUGUGUUAACCACAUAUGAUGUGCUUAAGGAAGAUCUAUCACAUGACUCUGAUAGGCAUGAAGGUGAUCGGUGCUUAAUGAGAUUCCAGAAGAGGUAUCCCGUUGUUCCAACUCCUCUGACCAGAAUAUUCUGGUGGAGGGUUUGUUUGGAUGAGGCUCAAAUGGUGGAGUGCAAUGCUGCUGCUGCCACGGAAAUGGCUCUUCGGUUACAUGCUAAGCAUCGUUGGUGCAUUAUAGGGACUCCUAUACAACGCAAACUGGAUGACUUAUUUGGACUUCUACGAUUUCUUAAAGCAAGUCCUUUUGAUGUUUCUAGGUGGUGGAUUGAAGUUAUACGAGAUCCUUAUGAGGUUUCUAACGCACUUAGAGACAGAAAAGAUCAACAUACAGUUUGGUGGUUGGAAGUACUUCAUCAGGCCGAGCAAAACAAGGACUUCUCAAGCGAGUUGCUCAGAAAGAUUGAAUAAGCCAUCUCGGGAAAACUAAAUAAUUCAAGGUCAUCAAGAAUUGCAUCCCGAUUUCAAAGCAUAAGUUCUCUAAAGUAUCAUAUCCAGACUGGUUUGGAUCUACUGGAAGCAUCUAGGAAAGUGUUACUUGAUCG